AAUAUUUGAUUUAGCAUCAGUUAAGCUUGCACCAACAUCGGGAGUGCCCAAUCACUAAUUACCGCCUCAAAUAAUCGAUCCGGAUCGAAUCGCGUUAAACAAUUAGUUAAAACAGUUUAAAAAUGUUCCUACAACGAAACAUGAUCGUGUGCUGCGUAGUUGUGGCCGUACUCGGAUUUGCGGCAGCAGCUGCCAACACCAAGGAAGAGCAACAGAUGAUCAAUCUGAUUGACGAAAUCGAUCGGGAGCGAAAUUUCCCACUGUUCGGGGGGUUGAGCGUCCAAAAGGUCGAAGGAUUCGAAGAGCGAUCGUUUGGUGCCGAAGAAGGAUUGGCUGAACGAGCUAUCCGGUAUCUGAACAGUCAUUCGCUCAAGAUCAACAUUCCGGCCACCGAAGAAGCUGAAGGUCGUCAAAUGGAAGCUGAAGCUCGCAGCAGCCGUUUGAAGAAAGUUUUCCUGCCGCUACUUUUGGCUCUGAAGCUGAAGAUGUCGAUCGUCUUGCCCAUUCUGUUGACCAUCAUCAAGCUCAUCUCUCUGAAGGGUCUGAUCGCUGGACUGAUUGCCCUGAAGCUGUCCAUCUUCACUUUCCUGAAGGAUCUGUUCAACAAGAAGCAGGAACGCGUGACUACCGCUUACAUAACCAGUGCCCAGCCCGUGAAUGCCGAAAUUGUCCACCAGGACUGGCACCGAAAUGGCCAGGCUUCACCCCAAGAGUUGGCCUACGGAGCUUACAAUCCUUACGCUACUUUGCAAUAAUUGCAACGGUUGCGAUGAGUCGUCCAACUAAAGGCAUUCUACCAAAAAUCCUGAGAACGAUGUAGUGGAGAAAUCAUGUUAAUUUAUUUAUUUAAUUUAUUCAAUAUCGUGUACGAGUAAUUCUCCACUAUCAUUUCGUGAAACUUCAAUACUCAUUAACUUCAUCACGUUGUGUUCAUCCCCAUUUUGCUGCCCGAAAGUGUAAAUAUAUGCACUCAUAAUAAACUGUAUCAUUCUGAA